AUGCUGGAAACAUUGAUAGAUGCUGCAAAUUGUGUGCAGUAUCGAUUCAUGUUGCAUGCAAUUUACGAACUCACACAGCCUCGUGGGUUGAAAUGUUCAGAAAGUGUUUGUGUAAGACAUAUCGCUGUACCUCAGUUAAGAUGUGUUGAUUUCCAAAAACUCUUGAAUUUAAUUGGUCAGAUUGCACCAUUUUCAUGUGUUGAGGACGACAUUUAUUCUUUGAACUUAACGAUUUGA